UGCCGCUUGCCAAGUAUCUGUAUCUUUCAGUUUGUUUUAGUCGACGGCCGAACGACGGAACGAAAUCAUGUCGCACUUUCUUGAUUUCCCGUUAGCCUUUUCAACGGUGGGUGUUCAGUGGGUGGUGCAGCAGUAACCAGAGAGUAGUUUACAAUAAAAAAAGUCGAAAAGAAACAAACUGAAACCAAAAAAACAAAACGAAAAUCGAAAGACCCUAAGAGUUCUCCGCGUGGAAAUAAAUAAACAUAAAUCUUGUGGCAAGCCGUCAGUAAAUCAUUAAAUUAAUAGCCCCAACACACACACACGCACAGCUGUUGUGUGAGCCAGAGGAAGAGGAAGCAGAAGGAAGUGAAAUUGGCGGCAGUUUGACCGCAACAACAACAACAAUAACAAAUACGCCUGCAACACACACACUCGCACACACACGCACGCGUUCGUCAUCAGUGGUGGUGCCCCCCUACCCCAAGCCCCCUCCCCCCCCUUCGUCGAACCAUUGUGACAUUUGAUUUAUUUGACGUGUGUGUUUUUGAUAGAAGCUCAACACGAAACUGACACACACACACACAUGCAUAGCCAAAGAAUUUAUUUAGUGAACGAAAAUAAAAUCAGAGUUCUUUUCGCGCACAUUUGAUUUGGAUUUUGGAUUUGGAAGUGAAGUGUGACAACGGAAGGGAACCCAAAAAGUAUAAAAAUAUAAAAUAAAUAAAAAAACGAAAUACAAGCCCUAUCAAUGGGCAGUCGAAAUUAAUUGCCAAACAGCCAAAGUAAUCUAACCUUCGCAGGGAGUGAGGCCCCCAAAAAAACACAAAUCCCAAAUAAUUCCAACAAAAUGAUGCUACACGAGGCCGUCAUGCUGGAGAUCUAUCGCCAGGCGUUGAGUGCGAGCGAGCUGGCUAGUCCGCGGUGUCAGUCCCGGGAGUCCAACACCUCGGCUGGAGCGGGAAAUGGAUCUGGCGACGUGCGGUGUCCCUCAAAUGAGUCGCACUGCUCGGCCAACGAUCGCCUGACCCCGGCUGCCACGCCCACGCCCACGGCCACGCCCAUCUCGCCCCACUCAGUGGGUCUUCCCCUGACGGCGACGCUUCCACCCGCGGCUGCAGCUGCCCUGCUGCCACCCCAAUCCGCGGCCAUGGCUGCCUACCUGGCCGCCGCCCAACAGAAUCACCUGCUGCUGACGAAUCCCCUGGCCGCAGCGGCAUCCCUGGUCCAGCAGGCCACGCAGCAGGCGGCGGCAGAGGAGGUGGAGUCCCCAGCCCUGGACUUCAGCAGAAAGCGACCCACCAGCGAUGGCGAGGAGGAGGAGGAUCAAGAUCAAGAUCAGGAUCAGGAGGAGCAGGAGCAGGACCCAGAGCCCGAGCAGGACCACCAGGGUGACACCGUGCCCCUGGAUCUCUCUGUCAGCACAAGGAAAAGGCACGGUGAGGACUCCCCGCCAGCCAGGAAGAUUCCCAGGAGCAUAUCUGCGGACUACAAGUCACCACUGCCUCCGGGCAGCUGGAUGCCGCCCAUCAAUCCCUACCUGGCGGCUGUGGCGGCCAAAACGGGGGGAUUGGGCAGCACCAAGAUGGCACCCAGUGAGGCCAGCAAGGCGCUGGAGAAGAUGAGCGAGAUGAGUAGAAGGGAAACGCCGCCACCAGUGCCCAGGAACUCCUCAGGCGGAGCAGGCUCGCUGGGAUCAGGGCUAACUGGAGGAGUAGGAGGUUCCACUUCCGGUGGCCGUCACAGUGCCUGGCAGUCUCAUUGGCUGAACAAAGGCGCCGACGCCGCCAAGGAUGUGUUCAAGUGCGUGUGGUGCAAGCAGAGCUUCUCCACGCUGGCCAGCCUCACCACCCACAUGAAGGAGACCCAGCACUGCGGCGUCCAGAUACCCUCGCCCUCGUCAGGCGGCGGAGGAGCAGGGGCACCCCCUAGUGGUCCUCCUCCCUCCAGGCUGCCCACUUCCGCCUCCAAUUCGGCCUGCUCCAGCAGCAGCAGCUCCACAUCCAGCUCCUCAAACUCCUCCAAAUCCGAGCUGAAUAUGCUGAUCAAGGAGACAAUGCCGCUGCCCAGGAAACUGGUCAGAGGUCAGGAUGUCUGGCUGGGCAAGGGCGCGGAGCAAACCCGCCAGAUACUCAAGUGCAUGUGGUGCGGCCAGAGCUUCCGAUCGCUGGCCGAGAUGACCAGUCACAUGCAGGAGACGCAGCACUACACGAACAUCAUUUCGCAGGAGCAGAUCAUAUCCUGGAAGUCGGGCGAUGAGCGGGAAAGGCCCUCGAAUGGUGGAGCUCCUUCGGCAACCACGGCUCCACCUGCUCCUCCUUCGGCUGGUGGACCGGCGCCCUCCGUUAGUGCCGUGCUCACCUGCAAGGUUUGUGACCAGGCCUUCGGCACCCUCAAGGAGCUGAGCAGCCACAUGGCCCAGCAGUCGCACUACAAGGAGUCACCCACUUCCUCGGCUUCUCCGCCAGCUCCUGGUGCAGGGAACUCCAAGAGGGGCAGGCAGAAUAGGAAUGAGAAGCGCAAGAAGUCGCUGCCCGUGAGGAAACUGCUGGAACUCGAGCGUUCCGGAUCGAACUCCAGUUUGGAUUCAGCUCUCAAACCCCUUAGGGAUUUUGCGGCAGCCACCAAGAUCACCUGCGAGAAGUGUGGCAGCAAGAUAGAGACCGCCCUGUUUGUGGAGCACAUAAGGAAGUGCCUGGGCGAGAGCAUUCCCAUACCGCCCAGGCGAUCCAAUGCGGGAGUGGAGCGUCUGCCAAGUCCCAGUGCGGGAAUGGGCGGUGAGAAGCCACCAUCGGUUUUGAAUGCCCUGGAGCAGCUCAUCGAGAAGAGCUUCGAGUCGAGGGCUGGCAGAUCCAUGACUCCUGGCGGCUACUCCGAGGCCGGAACUCCGCUGGGAGCCAGCAUCCUGAAGCGUCUGGGCAUCGAUGACAGCAGUGACUACACAAAACCCCUGAUGGACGCCCAGGCGAUGCACCUGCUCCGAUCCUCCUACGCUUCGCGGGAUCGCAGUGCCAGCGAAUCGAGUUCGGCCAGUCGGGUGGAGUCAUCGUACACCCCGGACAGACAGCAGGCCACGCCCCGCAGGACUCCGGAUACCCCUGCCCCGCCUCCUCCGCCACCACCCACCAUUAAGGCGGAGCCGCCAGAGGCGGACGCCUCGAUGGGCGGGUCGGGGGAACGGGAGAGCUGCAGUCCCCGGCAGCAGAUCCACGUGAAGAAGGAGUUCAGCAUGGAGGCGAGUCGGGAGAGUCCUCGGUCCGCCAGGGAAUCUCCUGCUCCGGAAAGAGGAGGAUCUGCUCCAGACAAUGGCAGUCUGCUGGCCCUGAACUCCAUGUUCGAUCAGCUGAGUGGGGCGGAGAACAACAAUAACAACAACUCGGGACACUGCUACAACAACAACAACACUUCGAGCAUCAUGCCGACCAAGAAACCAAAGGCCCAUCCCCUGGCUGCCCUGCAAAAACUCUGCGAGACCACGGAUCCCCCUGCCACGCAUCCUCGCAGCGGCUCCUCCGGCGGCUCGGCCUCAGCCGCCAGUGGCAGCGACCUGGUGGCCUUCAGCUGGGCAUGCAAUGAGGCGGUCCUGAGUGCCAGCAGCGGUGGCUCCGGCGGCGACUCGGCCAUCAUCAAGUGCUCCUUCUGUGAUACGCCGUUUGGCUCGAAGGGCGCCUACCGCCACCACCUGUCCAAGGUGCACUUCGUGAAGGACGCUGGCGAGGAGUCGCCUAGGCUUAAGUCCCCCGCUGCCCAGAGCCCCAAGUCGCUGCCCAUGGCCUCGCCCAAGAGAUCGGCCUCCAGGAGUCCGGCGACGGGAUCCCAGCAGCAGCAGCAACCUCCUCCAUCGCCCACCAUCAAUCCCUAUGACGAGAGUCCGCAGUCCAAGUUCCUCAAGUACACGGAGUUGGCCAAGCAGUUGUCCUCGAAGAAUGCCUAAGGAUCGCCGGAAGGUUCGGCAAAAGUGAUCAUCAGACUGGAGAAUUGAGAACUUACAGAAAAGUUAGGUCACCUAUAAGAAUUGUAGCUUCUUUUAGCAAACAGAUUGGUUAGAACCAGAUUCAUUUAACAAAGGUCCAUAGUAAGGACCUUAUAACAAAUACCUAAAACUAAUAAGAUCUCUUUUUUUUAAUGAACUUUGAUGAACCUUGUUUUUAACUUGCAUUUCAAUUUAAAAGGUUAAAAACAUGUUGUACUAAAGAAAUCCUGAUCUUUAGCUAAGCCAUCAGAUGGCUUAAAUUAUUUUAAGUUAUUAUAAUCCUAAAAAAUCAAAUUAACUUGCAAGUACUUAAGCGAUCCGAUCUGUUUGCUAAAAGAUACAUUUGCUUGGAAAGAUCCCAACUGAUUCCAAAGCCAUUGUAAUUCCCAAUUCGAAACGGAAGUUCCGAAAGCUCUCUGCAUUGAUUUCUGAUCUGCAUUUACGCUCUCUUCCUCGCGCGCUCUCGCCAAUAUUUUGCAGGCUCUCUCACUCUCCCUCUCUCUUUAUCGCUGCACACCCACACACGCUCACAGGGAUUUCCCCUACUUUUGCUGAAUUCGCCAAGACAUUUCCCCAGUCUCUCCUAUCUCUCUCCUAAACAAGAGUUUCCCCUCAGCCGGUGACGUCACGGCGAUGCUGGUCCGCUUUUUAUUGUUUCCCAAUCGGACAGUCGCAGUUGGACGUGCGAGCGAGAGAGGGCUAGUGGGCAGCUGGAAAUUCAAUUACCACCACUUUGACGAACUGCUGUCCAUCAAGGCGCGUCGGACAGAGACGGCCAUAGUAGCCGAGUGACGAAAGGCGACGACACGAGUUCGUCAAACUGCGAUUGGAUGGGGGCGAGAGAGACGGAGCGAGCGAGCCCCAGUGGGUGGGGAUGAGAGCCAGAGCGAGAGAGUGAGUGAGCGCCACAAUUGAGUGGCAAAUUGGAAUUGGAUUUCGAAUUCGAGUGCAAUUGGAUUCGAAUUGGAGUGCACUCAGCGCAAAACGAGUCAAAGAUUAUUUAUUUAUUAUGCCGCAGUUCCUGGUCAAAAAAACAAAAAGAAAAGAAUAGUAAGAAGCGUGCCAAAAAAUUCGAAAUACUUAAAUCUAAUAAGCUAAACUAAAACAAUUAAAUCACUACUCCUAAGCAAAUACAAAACAAACGCAACGCAGUAUACGUAAAAACAGAACACUUAAAGAAAAAGAGUUGACCUCAUUGGAUGGAGACUUUUAACAAUGCAAAUAUAGCCCUCAUACGAAAUAACGAAGCAUUGAAUAAAUGUAAAUACUUAGCCAAUAGCACUUUCCUUCCAUAUGUCUAAAGAUUAUCAAUAUUUACAUAAAGAUAUAAAGAUAUAGAAAGUCGAAAUCAAAAUGUAGCCACAGCAACGCAUGUAUACGGAAAACAAUUUUAAAAAUUAUAUAUACACCUAUGAACUAUAUAUAUAUAUACAGACCUACCCAUGUAUACCGGCAACUCCAGUCUCAACAAUAACUAAGAAUCUUGAAUAUCUAACCUAAGAUCUAAACCUAAGAGGAGGAGAAUGUAAAACAUUUCAUUAUUAUCAACACACAAUCAUUAUUGUCGUCGUCUCUCGUCGGGAAUGAUCUAUAUCUAUGAUAUAUGGUAACUAUGUAUACGACUUGUAUUUGAGUUUUUGUGAUAUUAUUUUUAAAACGAAACCGUUCGCUUCCUUUUCGCCACGCCCCCCGAAACACCCCCUAUAUAUCCUGUAACACCUCCCACCCCGCCCCCUAGAUCAUAAGUGUAAGUUAUAUAAAUGCAAUAAAGGCGCAGCAUUCAAAAUAAAA